UUCACUAUAGCACGUGAGAAUUGCGGCUUCUAUAAGAUUAAUAUUUAAUUGCCGCAGCGACAUACUCGAAAUCGGGAAGUAAAAAUAGAGUUAAGAAACUUCGCUUCGGCUGAGACUGGAACGAAUUAUGUAGCACCUCGCUUACUUCAACAAAGGUUUACAUCGGCUAUAAAUGUUAAAGCCAAGCGUUUUUCGUAUAGUUAUUGGUCUCACGUACUUCUAAUACAUCGGGUUCUUCAAAGUGCUAGUAGUGAAAUUUUGUGUCAAUUGUUGAAUGUAAAAAAGUAAAAAUUAACGAAGGCAGGAUGUCAGCAGCAAUAGAGACACAAAAGAGUGGUAAAGCAGAAGCCGACAAUGGCGCACCGAAAGCUUCGCUUCAGAUCCCCGAAUGGUUGAAGGCAGACCUAUUUUUAGAAUUGCUGCAGAAAAACGUACCGAACUUUAAGUGCAUUAGAAAUUUCAGCGCCGAAGCCUCAGAAAAUGCUGGCGAGAAUUACGUCACACUCAUGGCCUUGUUGAAUAUUGACGCAGAGCUUGAAGAUGGAAAAUCCCAACAGGUUUCGUAUAUGAUGAAAAUACCCAACGAAAUGGUGCAGAAGGUGAUAAAUAAUCGUAAGUUCUUCGGUACCGAAGGAAUUAUGUAUAGAGAUGUGAUACCGGAAAUGGAGAAAUUGUAUAGUGACGCUGGUGUUCAAGUGCGUUUUUCACCAAAAUAUUAUGAUAUCGAGACACCAUCUGAAUUCGGUGUUAUACUCAUGGAGGAUUUACAGCCGCAUAACUUCAAAAAUGUCAACCGUUUGGAGGGUCUCGACAUAGAGCACACUAAGUGCGCAUUGAAAAAGUUAGCACAGUUGCAUGCUGCCUCAGCGGUACGAGUUGAGGUUAAAGGUGAAUAUCCGGGAAUAGUUUGUGUGGGAGUUUAUACCGACGACGUUUUGAAAAUGCUAGAGCAUAUGAGUAAGACCAUGACGUCACUGUAUAUGGAGUGUGUGCGCACGUAUGAGGGUCACGAAGUCUACUACGAUAGUUUGAAAAGAACUUGUGAGAACUUUAUGAGCGAAUUAUGUCAACUGCUGAAAGUCGAUACAAAUGAGUUCAACGUCUUAAACCAUGGUGACUUUUGGGCCAACAACAUUAUGUUCCAACACGAUGAUGCGGGUAAAGUGAAAGAAACAUAUUUUGUCGACUUUCAGUGUGUGCGCUACGGCUCACCUGUGACUGAUCUCUACUAUUUGCUGUUAUCCUCGACGAACCUGGAUUUGAAGCUAAAGUAUUUCGAUUAUUUUGUUAAGUAUUAUCAUGAUAAUUUGAUUGAAUACUUGAAAUUGUUGAAAUAUCCUAAGAGAUUACCCACUCUAAAAGAAAUCCAUAUUGACCUCUUGAAGAAAAGCUUUGGGGCUGUGUCCAUUAUUAUGAUUCAGAUGCCCCUGGCGCUGCUCGAGCUAACUGAGGCGGCUGAUCUUUGUAGUUACCUUGGCACUUCAGAAGUUAGCAUUGCGUUUAGAAGACGCAUGUAUACAAAUCCACGUUAUCGGAGGCACAUCGAAAAGGUUUUGCCCUGGCUAUAUCAUCGUGGUACAUUUGAAUAAUAAACUUGAGUACUUUGAGUCGGUCGUAAUUGAAAAAUAUGUAGACAGUGUGUAGUAAUAUAAUUAAGUUUAUUUUAAAUAAAGGUGUGUAUCCUGUAGCAUUUGGAUAAAUAAAGUUAUAGUUCAAUUGUU